AUGAAUGCUUUUGAAAACCACAAGUUGGAGAUUGAGACACUUAUGGGAAUCUGUAUUAAGAAACGUUCGCCAUGCAGUGACUUCAUCAGUCCAAUGCAAAGUAAAAUGAUUAAGGAUGAGGAGCUUGAGGAUGAAAUUUUUCGAGCACGGAAUAUAAUACGAAAUCUCACGGACGAAGUCGUGGACACAAAGAAGGACCGCAUCCUCUACUGUACGCGCAUUUGUGUCCACCCUGACUAUGUUGGUCAACGUGUUGCUACAGAGAUUGGCAAGCUAUGUCUACAUCUUGGCACCAAGCAAGGCUUCACACUGGCCUGUGGAGGAACUGGCAACCUUAUCAGUGAGAGGAUAUGUUUUCGUCUGGGGUUCGAGAAUCGUAAAACAAUAAACAUAAACACCCUGGAGAACGGCAUCUUCGACCUCUCUCUCAUGAAUUACAUGCUAUUCAAAUUUUUUACUAAACGUCUGGGACCUGAGACAAUACUGUCAUCCAAAUUAUAAUCAGGAAUCAGCCCAUACUAACUAAUCAUGUAUUGCCGCUCUGAAGAAAUUAUAGAUGUUUAUCAUAUAAAUGUGACACCUGCAAAUACUGCUUUUCAAAUAUUGCUGAUUGUUACCAAUUGCUUAUGAGGAACACAACCUAUGCUUAGAAAAAUUAUGUUUGUUUUUAUCUGCAAAAGAGUUUGGUUCAUUAAGAUUAUUUUAAUUUUUCAAUAGUGUUGAAUAACAUAUUGCUUUGUAUAGCUGCAACAACCUUGAUGUAGGAUGUCAUUACACUGUGGUAAAUAAUGGAAGUGACUUGAACCAGACCACUGAAUCCUUUACUAUGAUGGACAUAUUAACAUCUUCUCAUUUAAUAUGUGGACAAAAAUUUGAUGCUGCUCCUGUCAACAGAGAUUCUCCAGAUGAAAAUGAUAAAGAUUAUAAUGAUGCAGAAUCAUCAUGGGAUAAAUUAAGUGUUUUAAAUAAGGUUAUGAAUCAUUGGUACUUGAGUGACAAUGUUUGUGGCAGAAUAUUGCCUGUAAUAACUUACUAUUAUAUUUUAUUAUGCAUCUACUUUUGUAUUUUUUUCAACCACUUUUAAAAUGUGUUCCAUCCGCUAAACCUCUGUUAGCCACCAUUCUUAUUAAUAUGUCUGACGGCUUAAACUAGUAUUUUUCAUGUAUUUUUCCCCAAAUCAUGUAUAUUAUGAAAAUUUAGGCCAGUAAAACUAUUUAGGGGGCUAUUUACUUAAAUAAAAUUUAAAUAGACUUGA